AUGUCUAGUGAUUUUAAAGAUAUAAAAAAUAUUUUUAAUAACGAAAAUUUAGCAGAGAAUACAAAUUUAAAUGGUUGCGAAGAAGUAAAUUUAGAGUGCACAGAAAAACUAUUAUUAGAAAAAAUAGAUAUUAAAUAUUUUAGAAAUAAUCCUGACUAUAUUACAAAAUGGCAGCAGUAUUUCUACAAUCAUGACUGUGAUGUAAAAAUCUUAUUUUUAAUGAAAUAUAAAAAAAUUUCUGCAGAUUAUCAUUGGCUGUAUUUGGAGCUAUCAAAAUUUUUUGCACUUAAAGGCAAAACUGACAUAUCGGUAUUUAUUCUAGAAGAUGCUAUUAAUAAUGGUGUGUACGAUGACUGUAUUCUAAAAAAAGAACUAGAAUUGUAUUGUGAAAUAAGCCCUGCUAAAUAUAAAGAGGCAUACAGGUACUUAAAUCCAACAGGGUUUUUAGCACUAGGUAAAAUAUGGAACGAAAUUCGUAUUGAAUAUUUUUACGAUACGAAAAUAUAUUCUAAAGGUUUUUCUUUUGAAGAAUUUAGAAUGCAAUUUUAUAAAAUGAAAAAAAUAGGAAGCUUAAACACACAAUUAGAACUUUAUAAACGUAAAAAGGAAGAACAUAGUAAACAUGAUAUUGUAAAAAGAUUUAAAAACAAUCAAAAGUGUUUUUCUAAUGUACAAUAUAGCCUAAGUUAUAUUAAUUUGAUGGAUUGUUUCCGAAAAAAAUAUUUUAAAAAAAUGUUGUGCGAUUUUGAUGCAACACUUGAAUUGAAAAAUUUGAAUUUUUAUAAAAAAGUCUUGAAAUGUUCGACUUCUUACAACAAAGCCAUAAAAUGUGAUACUGAAAAUUUGUUACAAAACACAGAGAAUACAUCUUUUAAUCUUAUAUCAAGACGCAAAGAUGAAUUUUUAAUUAGUUUUGAAGAUUGUUUUGAAAAAGCGCCUGAUAUUAUUAAGUUAAAAUUAAUUUAUGAAGUGUUUACAUUUUCAAUCUGUAACAAAAUAUUAAUCAUUGAUUUAAAAGAUAUAUAUUUCACUUCGGAUUUUUUAAUAUCUUCUUAUAAUCUAAAUGCACAACCUUUCGACCGGAAUUUUGCACUUUUGCUGCUUUUUAAAUCCUUUAAAUGUUUUAUAGACGAAUCUUUAAUGAUUAACUUCAAUUAUGAAGUUUUUUUAAAUGACAUAGAAGAAUUACUACUAUUACAUGAUAUUCAACAUAAAUUUCUGAAAUUUAAACUUUAUAUUUAUGAAAUUACACUUUCAAAUUGUUUAAAUUCCGAUUUCCCAGCCCUAAAAUUUAUUUACUAA